AUGAAGUCGAACGGAGCGAGCCCAUCAAUCGCCCUUCCUCUGCUCGCGCUCUCCUCGUUCUUCUUCUCUCUCGCCGUCUCCGAUCCUCGAAUCACCGAAGCGGGCCGCAUCUGCGAGAACUCCACUUGGAUUGUCGCUGGAAACAUCGUCUCCGACCUCAUCGCCAUCAUGAAUGAGCUCUCCGACGGCGUCGCCGCCCAGCGCUGGUGGAAGUACUCCCUCGCCACGCCAACGCUAGCAGUGUACGGCCUCAUCCAGUGCCAUGGUGACUUGACUGAAACCGAUUACGACUUCUACAACGAGACCGUCGAUCCGACGCACGACAUGCUCAAGUGUAGUUCCAAUUUGACAGUCCCGACAGAGAGAGUGGCCGAGUUCUCAGAUAGGGUGGACCGGGUCCUGAGGAAUGUCUCGACCAGCGCAGUGCGGAACAAGGGCUUCGCGGUGGCUGGGGAGGACGGAAUUGGAGGAGUUGCCGGGGUAUAUGCUUUGGCACAGUGUUGGAGCACGCUUGAUGCCGGCGGUUGCAGAUUCUGUUUGGAGAAUGCAACUUCGAUGGCGAGAAACUGUGCACCUGGAGAAGCGCGGGCCAUGAACGCGGGAUGCUUCCUCCGUUACUCGACCACAAAGUUCUACGACGUCCCUGAUGGCGGAGGUAAUAACGUCCUGAUCUCUGGUUUACCGACUUACAAGAUGGCUUCCUCGCCAUUAAAGAAAAACCGACGCUCUUCUAUGUCUGCUUGCAAGCCCACCUUGGGCAAGCUCAAGCCUCGGCAGCCUCGUUGCAACAAACCCCAGGAUCUAGCGAGCUCAAACUUGCCCGGGGCUGGUCAGAGCAAGUUUAGCUUAUAUUUCAAGUACAAGACACUGGAGAAGGCCACCAACUUCUUUGAUGACUCGAGGAAGCUAGGCCAAGGGGGUGGCGGUUUCGUCUACAAGGGGAUUUUACCCGAUAGGAAGGUCGUGGCGGUUAAGCGGUUGGUGUUCAACACAUGCCAAUGGGCAGAUGACUUCUUCAAUGAGGUGAACCUGAUAAGUGGGAUCCGACACAAGAACCUAAUGAGGAUUUUGGGAUGCAGCAUCGAAGGCCCAGAGAGCCUCCUUGUCUACGAAUAUCUUCCUAAAAGAAGUCUUGAUCUAGUUCUUUUUGUCAACGAUGCGACCCCCGUCCUAACUUGGGAGGAGAGGCUGAACAUCAUCAUAGGAAUAGCUGAGGGCCUCUCAUAUCUUCAUGGAGGUUGUGGAGUGAAAAUCAUCCAUCGGGACAUAAAAUCCAGCAACAUCCUCCUCGACGAAAAUCUCACGGCGAAAAUCUCAGAUUUUGGGCUUGCUCGAUGCAUUGCUCUGGAUAAGUCUCAUCUUAGCACGAAAAUUGCCGGCACAAUCGGUUACAUGGCGCCUGAAUAUAUUAUGAGGGGACAGCUAAUGGAGAAAGUCGAUGUUUAUGCUUUUGGGGUGCUGGUUCUUGAAAUCUUGAGUGGUAGGAAGAAUAGUGUAUACGCACGGGGGUCGAGCUCGGUAUUACGGUCGGUAUGGAAGCAUUACAAGUCAAACAAUUUAGCCGCGUGCAUUGAUUCAGCCUUACAAGGUAAAUUCCCCAUCCUGGAGGCAUCGAAUGUGCUCCAAAUCGGCCUUUUGUGCACUCAAGCCUGCAUGGAAUUGCGACCGCCCAUGUCUGGAGUCGUCGAGAUGCUCCACAACAAAAACCGUGUAGUCCCCCAACCGAACCAACCCCCGUUCAUCAACGCGAGCUUGCUGUUCGACAAAUCCAGCAGCAGAAGCUCUACAUGA